UGAGCUGAUUGGUUUUAUUGGUUUCCAACACACCUUGAAAAGAAGCUAUAGAAAUAGUUUAUGGUGUAAAGUCAAUUUUGUUUAUCGGGAAAUGCACAGGACAGACUGUUUAGCAGGUUGUUGCCUGUUCCCUCGUCAACUUCGAAAGCACAACUCUAUUAUAGCUCUUCCUCCAAGACAUAAAUUCUUGUUUGCUUGGCACUAUAGGGCCAUUACUUCUUCUACUGUGACAACUAAAAUUCCCUCCAAAAGGCAAACAGUAAGCAAAGAAGCAUUGCAACAAACCAAAGCGUGGCAGAUUCCGCUCUUUCGAGUACUCUUAACAGAACAGCAUUCAAAACGAGAACUUUUAUGGCUGCACAAUUUUUCUGUUGUCUAUGAUUUGUUUUUAAGUAAUCAUUCUUUGAAGAGACAAGAUGCAACGGAACAACAGGUUGCCUAUUUGGAUUGGCUAUCCAAACAAAGAUAUUUUUUGAGACAAGGUAUAUUAGCUCCAGAAAAGAAGGAGUUAUUGUCCCAUUUGAAGUUGUUACCUACUUGGAGAAGAGGUAGAAAACCAGAGCGUAUUCAACAACAUAAAACAAGUUAUUUGAGAAAAGACUUUCAGAUUGAUGUGCAAUGGAACAAUCUAUCUGACCAACAAAUCCUUAAGAAGUGGGAAGAAUUUAAAAGGAAUCCUAGAAAUAAGACUUGGGCCACCAAUUGGAAACGACUCUAUCGUUAUAAGAGAAUGUAUGGCCAUAUUGAUUUGGAUAAGGAAAAUUGCAAAGAUAGAAAGUUGUUGAAUUGGUUACGUAGACAACACAGAGCUAUUAGAGAAGAAAAACUGGAUGAAGAAAGGCUGACUUUGUUGGCCAUGUUGGGUGAUGACCCAGCCGUGUUGGUUAUGAAGAGAAAAGAAGAUUAUCAAAAGGCACUCGAUACUCCUUUAGAUUGUGAACCCAAAAAGGCUUCAACCAAAUGGACUGAUAGGGAAAUAUUUAUAUGGAUUAUUCAUUUCCUUCAAUUGUUAGAAUUUCAUACAAUUUAUGGACACGUAUCGGUAAGCAAAGAAAACGGCAAACCAUCGUUAGAUUUGGUAGAAUGGACUAUGGAACAAAGUGUAUGCAUUUUAAAAGGAGAUAUUAGUUUCUAUCAAGCCAAGUUGUUAUAUAAUAUUGGUUUUCAGGUUACGGACAUCAAAGGUUACCCAAAGAAGUUCCCUAAGCUAGUGUUAUCUUCUGAAUUUGAGAUAUCUUCGGAAGCGGUCGCUUGGCUGGAUCAACUACAGGAGUUGAUCGAAUAUCCACAAAAAGUAAUAGCGUUGGAAAGUACCAUUGAGUCGAUAGAUGCUUCUUGGCUUUCCAUGUUUCGAAAGUGGAUUGCUUAUAAACUGCAAAGUAAUGAGACCUUCAAUCAAGACCUUGAGAAAUGGACCCAGCAACAAUGUGAUUUAUUCCGUUGCAAUCAAUUAACUGAUAGAAAGAAGUUAGCUUUGGAAAUUGUAGGAUUUGAGUUUUAUCCAAGUCAAGAAGAAAGCUGGGAAAAGAUGUUUGAGCGUUAUGAGGCCUUUAUAAAAUGGAAUGGGAAGGCACAAGUACCUCGAAUACCAAAAUAUCGAGACCUCUAUGACUGGUGCAUUAGACAAAGACAUUCAUUCCGAAAAGGAAAGCUAUCACAAGAGCGAUAUUCUCGACUAACCAAGUUGGGAAUGGUAUGGGAUGAUCGAGGAGAUAGAUGGAAUCGUAAAUUCUUGGAACUUGUUGAAUUUCAACGCAAAUAUGGUCACUUGGAAGUCGAGAAAGGAGUUCGAAAUGACACUUUUCGUCCUUUAUACAAUUGGGUAAUCAAACAACGUUUCUUAUAUCGCUACGGUUUAUUGGAUGAAGAAAGAGUAUGCCGACUAAAAGGUAUUGGUUUUGAUUUUAAGGAAACGCAAAAUGAAUGGAAGUUUCGAAUCAAAGAGUUGGUAGCAUAUAAAGCAAUCUACGGAAACUGUGAUGUGCCUCCUGAUUAUGAGAUGAAUCCUGGUUUGGCGAAUUGGGUCCAAAAGAUUCGCGAAGAAUGGAGACGUGGAAAAAUGAGUAUAGCUAAAUAUAGAGAAUUACUUGGCCUAGGUUUUCGGUUUGUGAAUUCAUCCUCUGUAACUUCAACAGCCUUGGAAAAAGACUAAAUAACAUUGAUUAGAUGGAACCAU